UGUCUUUUCGCUUCUAGCCCAAGACACACAGAUGCAACCCUGGGGAUGAGACCUGGAGAUAGCUGGAGCCAUGUUGGCCUUGUUCAGAGUGAAGAAGCAGAUUCUGUCUCCGACAAGCCCAUCAACAGAGAUGAGGAAGAUGGAGGGCUUCAAAUCUGCCGCGUAUGUGGGGACAAGGCCAAUGGCUAUCACUUCAAUGUCAUGACGUGUGAAGGAUGCAAGGGCUUCUUCAGAAGGGCCAUGAAACGUAAUGUCCGGCUGAGGUGCCCCUUCCGCAAGGGGACCUGUGAGAUCACCCGGAAGACACGGCGGCAGUGCCAGGCCUGUCGUUUGCGCAAGUGCCUGGAGAGUGGCAUGAAGAAAGAGAUGAUCAUGUCCGAUGCUGCUGUGGAGCAGAGGCGGGCCUUGAUCAAGAGGAAGAAGAAAGAAAAGACCGAGGUGCCCACGCCUGGAGGGCAGGGGCUGACUGAAGAACAGCAGGCGCUGAUCCAGGAGUUGAUGGAGGCUCAGAUGAAAACCUUUGACACCACUUUCUCCCACUUCAAGGAUUUCCGGCUGCCUGCAGUGUUUAACAGUGGCUGUGAGCUUCCAGACUUCCUGCAGGCCUCACUGUUGGAAGACUCUGCCGCGUGGAGUAGAGUCAUGAAAGACAGGGUUCCAAUGAAGAUCUCCAUGCAGCUGCGGGGAGAGGACGGCAGCGUGUGGAACUACCAGGCCCCAUGCAAGAGCGACGGGAAGGAAAUCAUACCUCUGCUGCCACAUCUAGCCGACGUGUCCACCUACAUGUUCAAAGGCGUCAUCAACUUCGCUAAGGUCAUAUCCUACUUCAGGGACCUGCCUAUUGAGGACCAGAUCUCCCUGCUGAAGGGGGCCACUUUUGAGAUGUGCAUCCUGAGGUUCAACACGAUGUUCGACACAGAAACUGGAACCUGGGAGUGCGGUCGGCUGGCGUACUGCUUUGAAGACCCCGAUGGCGGCUUCCAGAAACUUCUGUUGGAUCCAUUGAUGAAAUUCCACUGCAUGCUGAAGAAGCUGCAGCUGCAUAAGGAGGAGUACGUGUUGAUGCAAGCCAUCUCUCUCUUCUCCCCAGAUCGUCCCGGUGUGAUACAGCGCAAUGUGGUGGACCAGCUGCAGGAGCGAUUUGCGCUCACCCUAAAGGCCUACAUCGAGUAUAGUCGGCCAUAUCCUGCCCACAGGUUCCUGUUCCUCAAGAUCAUGGCUGUUCUCACUGAGCUGCGCAGCAUCAACGCCCAGCAGACCCAGCAACUGCUGCGCAUCCAAGACACACACCCCUUCGCCACCCCCCUCAUGCAGGAGUUAUUUAGCAGCACAGAUGGCUGAGUGGCUGGCCCUGCAUGGAGAUGUCAUGGAAUGGCCAGAACCAGAUACUCUGAAUUGCCACUUCUAGGGCUAGACAGAUGGGACACACUGAUAGCCAAGGACACCCUAUGACCGCAGCUGAUUACCACUUCUCAGGAAAAGGACACCGGAGCCCCAAAGUGCAGCCCGUGGAAAGCG